GAUGACGCGUAGCAGAAAACGGAAGAGGAAUGAGUUAGAGGCCAAACUUUCAUCCCCUCAGUGUUUCUAUCUCGGUAUAGAUCCAACUGCAAGUAGUCUACAUAUAGGGAAUUUGUUACCGUUAAUUGCACUCUUACAUUGUCAAAGAGCUGGACAUAAUGCUGUUGUCCUCAUUGGUGGUGCUACAGCACAAAUAGGUGACCCUAGUGGAAAAAAUAGUGAAAGAAAUCCUAUUGAUAAAAUUCAUAUAAGAGAAAAUGUGUCCUCAAUAAGAAUGAUAAUUGAAAAAAUACAAAAGAAUUUCGAUGAUAUGUUUCAAAAAGAUAAUCCCGGAUCUUUUACUAUUCUCAAUAAUGAAGAUUGGUAUUCCCAAAUAAAUCUGGUAGAAUUUUUGUCAACAUACGGAAGGCAUUUUAGAAUGGGUCCUCUCCUGAGUAGAGAAACAGUCCAAACUCGAUUAAAGGGAGAGCAAGGUCUCAGUCUAUGCGAGUUCACUUAUCAAAUAUUCCAGUCUUACGAUUGGUUUCAUUUAAUGAACAAAUAUAAUUGCUAUAUUCAAAUUGGAGGAAAUGAUCAAACUGGAAAUAUCGUUUCUGGAUACGAGUUCAUCCAAAGAGUUAAAAAAGAUACUGUUUUUGGAUUAACUGUCCCACUAAUUACAGAUUCGAGUGGCGCCAAAUUGGGAAAGAGUGCUGGAAAUUCAGUAUGGUUAGACGGCAUUCAAACCUCCGCAUACGAGUUAUAUCAAUUUUUUAUCAACCUCCCUGACGAUGAUAUGGAAAGAAUGUUAUCAUUAUUUACUUUUUUACCUAUAGAUUCCAUAAAGAAACUUAUAAAUUUACAUCUUGAAAAUCCAUCCGAACGAAUGGCUCAGAAAAAACUUGCAGUAGAGGUAGUGAAAUUAGUUCACGGAGAGGUGGGAGUAGAGAUAGCAGAAAAAUAUUCUGCAAUUCUCUUUGGCAAAAAUGAAGACGUUGCUAAAAUGAUAGGAGACUUAGAUGGUACUGAAUUACAGAAUCUAUUUAAGAAUGCUUCUACAACACAAAUUCAAUUUGAGAAUGGAAUGAAGUUGUCUGAUAUUUGUAUGGCCGCAAAAUGCUUUAAAAGAAAUAAGGACGCUGACAGAAUCAUUCGACAAGGAGGAGUUAAAUUAAAUGAACAAAAAGUUCUUGAUCCGGAAUAUCGGAUUGAUGAAGCAAGUGCCAUUUUAAAAAAUGGAAUAAGUGUUAUUAAAGUGGGGAAAAAGAAAUACUACAUCAUCGAGUGGUUCCCCGCAAGAUCGUGA